CUUUGGAAGUGGAUGGAACACCUUCUUACCCCGAAUCUUCUGACAGGACCAUCUUGCAAGGCGACGCGCUACCUGCACUACGUAGGCCCCCACAUUGGGAUUCUCGUUGCAGCUCGAGGAACUCUAAACGCCAUCUGUGAUCCCAGAGUGCCCAGACGAUAAUCUAAUAUUCAACUAGAAUUGAGGAUCUCUCUCGACCAAUUUCUACUCUUGGAUUGUUCAAAUUAGACAGUCCCAGACUCGGCUUCAUCCGCGCCGCGUAUGCACAAUUCAACAAAAAUCGAGAACAUUGACAUCUGCAGGUGCUCGAUGCAUGGGCAUUCUUUGAUCGACCCUUCGCUUGCCUGUCUCGUGGUUGGUCGAGGAACAGUCAAACGAUCUUUUAUAGCGACCAUAGUGCUGUGUAAAUAUGUGAAUGCAUGCGCGGAUGUAGUGUGAGGUAGUUUGAGAGCCGAGAUGACCCCGUGCCGGAUUAUCAAAUGUUCACAGAACGAGAGUACGAGUAGAGCUCAGCGCGAUCACAGAAUAAGCCCCGCCGAGCUAGAAAAACGAUUCCAGGAGCUAUCGGCAGUUCUGCAAAAGGCGCGAGAUUCUUUCAGCUGUCGAUUGGACGAAGACCAACAGAACCCUCUGGUAGAGCUGCGCACGCGCUUGUUCAAAGCCAAAGAUCGCUUCCAAUCUCGGCUGGCUAUGGCUGAGAGGUUCCCAGACCCCGGAGGCUUCUACCCCGUGGAACCAGAGAAUCCGUUCCAGGAACUGCGAUCCGUGUUGAGAAGCGCCAGAGUCAACUUCGUUCCUCUCUUGGAUCAAUACAUUCUGGACAACAACAGCAGCAGAAGCAGCAGCCAAGGAUGGAGUUCGAGUCACAGUCGUUCGGAUGGAAGAGGAAAGAAUCCCUUUUCCGGACAGCCUCCGCCAAUUGAGAAUCUGAAACUGGACGAUGACAAUGAUGUGAAUUCGUUCCCACAUCGACUGCAUUGGCUACUGGAGGAGGAAACGCGUUCCAGACGCAGGCAACUUGAGGCGGACCUGGAUUCCCGAGACCCAGUAAAAGAUGCUGCUGUCGCCUCUUCCUCGCCUGCUGAGCGAUUGGACUCGCUCAUCAAUGAGGAGUUGAAUCGCAAGAGGGGGCCAGGCCUUGAUCGUAAAAAUUUCCUUUGAAGGUUUCGGAGAGAUCAUGGCUGGAGCAAGUUCCGAACUUCGGGCGUACCAAUUUGUGGGAUCACGACAGACGAAAUCUGGUCGCCGAAAGUUUUCUCAUCCCCGGCAGGAUGUCACCGUGAUCCUUCUCCCUUACAGAUCGUGUGGAGCUCAUUCUAGUUUACAUUCUGAACACGUUCACGGGAGAAUGAAAGUUUAUUUUCAAGUGGAAUCCCCACAUCACACCUUGCAGAUUUUACACAUGCAUGGUCAGAGAGCUGGCUCCUCGAGAACUUCUCGAGACCAGGAAUCUUCUCGGUUAUGAAUGCUGCGAAGAUAGUCUGAUGGUAUUCGGGAAUCGAAUUAACCAGCAUCCAAAGGCAGUGGAGCGUGCGAUGGUUUAGCUCGAUCAAAUGCUGGGCACCGGAAUUCAUGGACCGUGUGAAGCUAAUUAUCCAGCGAGGCGGUACAAUACUGGAGGAAUCAGGCCAAUCUAGAGCAUUUGUGCUGGAGAUUUCAGGAGAAGGUAUUCGGGCUCGUAUUUUUCAAUUUUUGCCUUAGAUACCUCGUUUCCGUCUCCAGCUUCAGUCCACUCCUUCAUUGGGGUCGUUACAAAUACACGCUUGCCUUGAUGUGUUUCACCACAUCACAGCUCGAGGUUCCCCACCUCAUCUUCUCUGCCUGAAAUAAACGAUAGCAUCAGAUCAAGUGAAGAAGAGAGAAUUCAGAAACAAAUUGAGGUUCUGGAUAUGCCCUUCUAUUUCCAAAUACAGGACAUCAGCUCGGCAUCUUCACUCUGAUAGCAUUUAACGACAUCAUCGGAUAAUGAUUCACAAAGCCCAUGUCCAAAGUUUCCGUUGAUAGUCUUCCAUCAGAAUAUAAAACAUGUUACUCCAUCUUUCGAAUUCGGAAUUUGCUCCUGAAGUAAAACUUUUCUCGCUUUAGCAUAACCUAUAAGUUGGGUUUGGAACCGGAGGACAGGAUGUUUACACACUCAUCAUUGCCUCAAAUUUUACGAGUGUUAUUU